AGAGUUUCUUUGUUUGUCGUCGAGUUUAUACAUGAUGACGUGUAGAGAAGUAUCUUAUAAAUGUUUGGAAAAACGAGUACUGUAGUUUAACGGUAUAUUUUUUAUUGUAAUGUGGCACAAAAAAUUUAUACUAUAGAAGAGGUAGAUAUUUCGCACUUAAUAAAAAAAUAUAUUUGAUUUGCCAAUGACCAAUAUUCGCUAUUCAAGAUGGCGGAUGAUGAUACUCACAACCAUGCACAUAACACCCUCGUGCUUAGUAGAAGUGUUGCAGCGGCGUGUGGAGGAAGUUCGAGUUGUGCCAGCUCUAAUAUUAAUGCUACGCUAGAAAGUGAUGGCUUGAGUAACCAAGUUCAACCUUCCGUUGAGGUUAGUACAGCUGACAUUCUACAACAAGCUUUUCAAGAAGCGUCUGAAGAACUUGAACAAAUUACCGUAACAUAUGAAAAUGUACAAAAUGCUGUUGGUAUUGCAGACGUACAUAAUCAAUUUUCGGGAAAUGAUGAACUCUCUGUUAGUGUUACUGUUAGAGACUCUUCUAACGUUGACCUUAAUCGUGUUAAUCCACAAAAUGUUGAAAAUGGUAUUAGUAUACCCAACGUGACUGAUAAUGUAGGGCUAAUCAAUAGACAAGAUGUUAACAGUUGCAAUAGUACUAUUAAUGACAAAAAAGAAACUAGUCCGAGUUUAGAAAUAACAGCAUUGCCACUUGGAAGUGAAAUUCAAAAUGUGAAUUCCGUAUGUUCAGAUCUUGUUAACCAAAUAGUAGCAGUUGAUGGGACCACUGGAAUGAGAUUGAUCAGCAGUGGUGAUUUUCUAAGUACAAACAAUCAUAACGUUCAGCCUUAUGAUCUGCAGAGUUUCAUUGUAGCAAUUCCUGAUGUGACUGAUGGACUUACUGAUAAUAUUUCUUUUGUAGCACCUGGUCUGUCAGAAAGUUCUUCUUUGGUUAGUCAACUUCCUGAUGGUGUAUCUGUUAUUGCACAAGGGUUAUCAGAAAAUCAAACCACAGAAUCCUUGUGUGAUGUGUCAUUUACAACAGUGCCUGCAAGUUCCAUUUUUUCUACAUGCAGUGCCAACAGUAGACUUAUCAGUACAAUAUCAGGAACAACUAGCUUACCUCUACCAGUCUCAACUUCAGAGGCUUUCUCUGUUGUAACUCAGAGUUUGUCAGGAAAUUCACAGACUAUAUCAGUGGUUCCACACAGUUCGGCACAACCUUUAAGUCUCUCUGUCACACAAGCAACUUUGCCAGAUGUUGGCUUAAAGCAGAUUCAGAGUUUUCCUGUUUCUGGAGGUUUGCAGAAUGUGCAAAGUUUAGCUUUGCCAACAGUAACAGCUAUUCAACAAUUAGCUGGUCAUGUAAUCUUACCCUUACAAGCUACUAAUGCCAUCUCAAAUGCAAUUCAUAGCUGCAGUCAAAAUCGAGCAGUCCCCAGCACUUUGAAUGGGACAUCAGGUUUAAUAGUCAAUCAUACUGGUACCUUGACAGUACCUGUGACUGUGACAGACAGUAGUAAUAAUUUUUCCAAAGAUGUAUAUGUGGUCGAUACUUCAGAUAAUGCACAGACUGUUGUUGGAUCGACAGCUAAUACAAUGUCCUUGGCCAUUAGGCCUUCAGUAACAACAAAACCAAAUGUUCAGAAAUUAACUGUUGCUUCAAAACUUGAUUCUUGCCAGUCGUUAAAUCCUAGUGUAAAAAUUGUACAGGGGCUAAAUCAAACAGCUGCCCAAGCAUCCUUACAACCAAAGUCAAAAACUGCACCUUUAGGUUCGAGCGAAAAUCCGAUCCAGAUAAUACAACAGGGAAACACCUAUCAUUCAACUCAGGUACUAACACAAGAACAGUUACAACAGAUUGCUCAUGUGCUGCAGCAACAACAAAUUUCCAAAUCUUCAGAGAGUGGUAGUAGCUCAGUUCUUUAUAAUCCAGCCACAAACACUCGUAUUAUAUAUCGUGUUAUUUACCCAUCAGAGCUACAGACUAAGAGCAGUAGCAAAAAAGAUGGUUCUAUCAGAGGAGGAAUAAAGAGAGGGAGGGGUAGACCAAGAAAAAUAUGGAGUGUUAAAAAGGUAACCCAAGAUGAACCUGAUGAUGAAACACAUGGCCAAGAAAUUAGUCAGGAAGAGAAGGAACUAAAGAAAAAACACCGUCCACGUACAAGGUCUGGACGUAUAUCAAAACCUCCAUCGUACAUGGUCCAAGACUACAAAAGAAUACAUCACUUAGAUUUUAAUGAAGAUCCUCAUGAUGAUACUGAUGGUGGCUAUUCAGAUUUUCAAAUGAGUGAUGAAGAGUCUGAAAACAUGCAUCAGGGACCAAAAUAUUUACCACCAGGUGUAAAUACUGUUCGCCCUAGGACCCACAAGUGUAGCAGUUGUGAUAAAGCUUACAUUGGUCAAGGAGGAUUGGCUCGCCACUAUAGACAGUAUCCCUCCCAUGGCAAGCUUCCCAACCCAGAGGAAAACAGUGUUUAUGAGGAUGAAAAUUCAAACACAUCAGCCAUUUCUAACAGCACAACAUCCACUGGACAAAUUGCCUCGGUCAUUGAUUCUGCAAAAGAAGCCACAGUUAGUGAGAAGAUCGAUGGAACAUCCAAAACAGAUCCUGACAUAUCGAGCAAAAACCUUUGUGGUUCUGCCUCUACAGAAAACCAAACGGCAAACUCGGAACCUAUUGAAAAACCAAGAAGACGUGUUAAUGUAGCAAAAAUUAGAAGACAAAAUAAGCUCAAAGAUGUUCUUCGUCAUUGUACUGAUGAAGAUUUGUUGGAAGUAGUUUUGCCACGGCUUGCUGGAGUUGUUUCUCUGUGGGAGUUCCUUCUAAAGAAGUUUCAACUAGAAGAUGCUAACGAGCUUGAAAUUACUGACAUGUUUGACCAGCUGACCACUUUGAUGACACGUGUCCGGGCACUUGCACAAGACUGCCUCACACAGACUUCAGGGGACAGUAGUGAAGAAAGUAGCAGGUCAACUGUUAAGAUUCACAGUGAAGAGCUAGCUGAGUUACUUGGAAUCUCAACGGGUGUGUAUCAAACCAAACCAUGGAAGAAACCUCAUCAGGCAGAGGUUCCCUCAGAACCCCAGAGCUUUACUGAACCUUCUGAUUCACAUUGCUCAAAAGAGACUGGUGCUGAAGCAACUGAGUUCACGCUUGAUCUCUGCAAGUCAGGUGGUGACAAUGAUGCUGUUUUGGAUUCAAUUUGUGUUGUAAACUCAAAGAAUAAGAACUUGACAGUUACGUCGUCAUUGCAAGUUCCUGUUAAAACAAAUGAUGCAUCAGAGAAACAUAUUACGGUAUGCCCCUCAGACUCGCCAAGCACUUCAGUCUUUUACUCGGAUCCCAAAUGUGAUAUUUCACUUUUUGAAAAGUCCAAUAAAAGCAUUGAGCAAUACUGUAGGCCUAGGUCUUCCCCUCCUCCCAAAAAAAGAUGCUUAGAAGAUUCUCUUCAGAUUGUAAUAUCCACAGACUUACCUAAAAGUAUUAGUAGUACUUGUAGUCUGCCAUCACAGAUUUUAACUGAUGAAGGUAUAAACAGUGAUGCGCCUGACAACAGUAACAAGUACAUCAGGAAUGCUACAUCAAAGACUGAUAUCUCAAGUGUAGAAACAAUAUCAGAUUCUGCAGGAAAAAAUAAAAUAGAAUCUGGUGAAAUUCACAGUCAUUUAACAGACUUAAACAUUGGGCUUCAAAAUACUACAAGAACUAGUACGCCUUCUUCUCAAACACAGUACAUGACCAGUGUUACAGGGAACGGACAACAGAGUGAUAAACUUACCACAUUUGCAAACAUAGCAGAGCAGUUGAGCACUAUUUCUGUAAAAAACGUUCAACUUCCAUCAGAGGUUAACAGAAUAUUGUCUUCAGAAGCACCUGUAUCUAAGGGCAAUAAUUAUUCAAAGCAAGGUCCUGAGCCACAAGAAAAUUCUGUACAAGAAUCUAAAGUACAUAAUUAUUUUAGAAUAUCAAAUAAUAACAUAGUUGUUGUUUCUAGUAGCGCUACUAAUUCCCACAAUAUAAGUUCAGUUGAGCAGCACCCAACAGGGGCAGGACAUUAUGCUGAGAAACAGGGAAAUAUAAAAAACUGUGACUAUCAAAAGGAAAUUACCAUACACGGAUCCAACGUUAUUGAUAAUCGCCACCAGAAAAUGAUACAAGAAGUAAGCAGCAGAGGUGAACAAUACAAUGAAAUAUCAAGAAAUGAAAUGAGCAGUGAUAGUCAUCAACAGAAAACAGAAUGUAAUGGUGUACAACACCAGGAAACAUCAACAGGAGAAAGUUCUAGUGAUGGAAAGUAUGGUGGGCCAACUGAGAAUGACGACUCCCUGCAGGAAUCGCCUCAACAAAUGGAUACUUGUAGUUAUCUGCACCAGGAAGUAAACAACACAUUUGAUUAUCAACAUCAAGAAUUAUCAUUAAUAAAUACUGAAACAUCAGCAGCUAAAACAGGUACAGAGAGUUCUUUGAAAGUAAAUUCUACCAGAGCAAGUAUAGAAACUGGUCAAACUAUCCAGUUUGAAGAAAUGGACACUUCAGGAAAAUCGUCAUUGACAGUUUCUCGAGAGCAAGCUUCUGUUGUUAGACAUGUGAUGCUACCAGAUGGACAGUUAAUUGAAGCAUUGGACAUUAAUGAAUCUGGAGUUGGAGAACAUCAGAUGCUGCCAGGUAAUGUGGUAAUUGUUCAGAACUCUGAUGGAACAACUACGUUACAGAUCCCAAGUGACCAAACAGUCCCAUUGGAGACAUUGCAGGCUUUGCUAGCAAUGGACCAAAACCUAUCAGAAUUUUUUGGAGGAAGUCUAGAACAACAACUACAAAGUUCAUGAGUUAUUUAUAUUGUAAAGAGUAGCUUGAUUUUUUUGUAAAAGUUAUUAGAAUUAAGGAUUUGUACAGUACUGACUUUCUGGUGAUUUUGAAUGUUUACAGAUGUUGUUGAAUGUUCUGUCAUGAUUUUUGUACAUAUAUGGUUUAUAUGUAAACGUUUUGUGUUCAUUUUGCAGGCAAAAUUGUAUCAUAUUUCAAUAACACUUUAGUAUUCUUGUAUUGCUUUAAUAUACUCAAUUAAACUUAUGUGCUAGUAAACUUUGGUUACUUACUAAAGUCUUGUUAACAUAUUGUUAAAUAAAAUGGACAUUAUUCAUAUUGAUAGACACUAAA